UGGCAGAAGAAAGGUUAAAGCUUGCACGGUUUAUGAUGAAUAAGAAUCACCGUGAAUCUUUAAAAAGAAGUGUGCUGGAUGUGAAUGAAAAUUCAGAUGAUGUGAGCAUAGCUGAUUCAGUUUCCUUGUUUGGAGAAAGUAAGACAAAGGAUUUGACUCCGCGACAGCAACUAAAGAAGCAGUUAGCAGAAAAGCGAGAGUUUCUUUGGCAGUUGGAGCAUCAGAUCAUUGACUUCUUGGGAAAUAAAGGGUCAUUCCAAAGAAAGGAGUUCGUUUGUCCACUCAAGCAAGACUACUACCUCGUACCUGGAAGAAUGAGCACAUUCAUACCUGCAGGUACCAACGUUACCAUUUUUGGAAAACUGCCCAAUCGCAGAUGGAGAUGUUUGGUAGAAAUGGACGAGUUGAUAAAUUCAAUGAAUAGUUUGGUUAAAGACUUACAAAACAGUGGAAGCGAGAAGAACAUAGAAGCUCGGUUAAAUAAUCUUCCCGAUUAUCCCUUAAUCGGUUGUUUACCUCAAAGCGUACUAGAUGCCGAUUUUACCGAACAUUCUGUUGAGCGGACGUUGCAGACGCCAAGUCCAGUUCAGGAUUACGAUGAGGUUGUUGAGGAAGAAGUAGAAGACGGUGAAAGAGUAUGCUCUCCGUAUUCUGGACAUAGGCGAAGUAAAAGAAUAAGGCCUGUCAAAACAUGGGAGGUAGAAACAUCUGCUGUGAAGGGGACCGCGAAAGGUGUUCCUGUUAUUGCUACCCCUGAAAUAGACGAUGAAGAAGAAGAAGGAGAGACGGUAGUUGAUGGCGAACAAACUGAUGGGGAAGGUGAACAAACUGAAGGGGAAGGUGUUAAAGAUACAACAACUGAAAUGAAUGAGAAAGAGUCUGACAUUGAAACAGAUGACGACAUGUUAGACGGUGAUAGUGAGAUUAAUAACGCUUUCUUAAGAAGAUGGGGAAGUGGCAUUGUUAUAAAGAAAAAGUUGAGACAAAAAGGAAUCAGCAUUAUUGUCGGUUCGUCAAGCUCGGAAGGUGAAGAAGUUGAUGAAGAGGAGGAAGAAGGUGACAGUGGACGAGAAGAUGGUAUCACUAAUGCUGUCUACAAAAAGUUUGUCGCAAAAGGCACACGAGACAACAACGAUAAUUACACGAACACUUGGAACGCAGAGGAUAAAAGUUACAUCAGAAAUCAUAAAGGAUCAGACCUCAAAACAUCUUUUAGUUGCGAUCAGAUCAACUUUAAUGGAAAAUUCACCACCAAACUAGAUCUUCUGCAACACUUUGGGCAAAAAUCCAUCAAUCUUGGAGAGGACAAGGAGCUUGCGAAGGUGCUUAUUCAAGUGUUUGACGACGCCAAAAAAGGCCCUGAUGUGAAACCACCACGCAACGAACGUCGGACACUUAAACUCUCGAAAAACAAUGAACAAGGCUUUGGAUUUUGGUUGCAGACAUACGGUUUCGGUAAACAAAAAGAAACAGCGCAAAAGAAAACAUUCGUUCGCUACGUAGAAGAUGAAGGUCCCGCCUAUUUAGCCGGUCUCCGAGAGGGUGACGUCAUAGUGGAAGUAAAUAGUCAGAAUGUUGAAGAGACAGAACAUUUAAAGAUUGUCGACCUGAUAACAGAAGCAAAACAAGAACUGAUUUUGGUGGUGAAGUUUAUCGAUGCUGUGCGAAGAGUAGAGCUAGGUGUGAAACUGAAGAAAAGACAAUCCAAAUUAAAAGCAAAGUUGGAAGAAUUAAGAAAAAUAAAGGAUGAAGAAAAUGCACUGUUGACUGGAAUGUCCAGUUUAUCUCUUCAUGAUACACCCAGUGGUUCGACAGAUAUUGAAACCGACAAUCUUUCUUUAAAUACAUCAACAGAAUCUGAACUAAGUUCGCUUUCUUCACUGUCAGAUGAAGUCGUCGUAAGGACUAGUAAAUUCGAAAAACGCUCUUCGCGAGUUUUAGAUUCGAUAAAAGAAUUGAAUUGCGUCGAUACCGUUUCAGCGAGCAGUAGUAGCUCAGACUUAAACCUUCCCCAUAUAACUACGGAAAACGAACUGCUUAAUAUAUACUCAAACCAUGUCGAAGGACAGCAAUCUUUUUUUCCUCGAACGAAGACGGCGAGUGUAAAACGAACUGAGAGUAUGCCUGUUCAAAAAUACGCAACUCUUCCAAGAUAUAAAGCCGUUAUAGACCUAGAUGGAAAACAUGCUCGCGAAUAUGCGAUUGAAAAUUCCAUGACUGGACACAUAUCGAGCGAAAGUUUUUCUUGUUCUCAGACAACUUUGACAGACGAUGAAUACGAAGAAGAUUCGGACGAGUUUUCUACGCAAAACUUGUCGAGGAAAAACAGACCGAAAUCUUAUAAAUUAGCCAUGAGGUUAAAACAAAAAGAUAUGGAAACGAUAAAUUUUUAACAAAAUAAAUACUGCACCCUCCACUCCGCUGGAAACGAGGGUGUCUAAGCAAUAAAUAUUAUAUUGAAAUUCAUUUUUAUAAUUUUGCCACAAAAUUUUAUUUUUUUUAUUUGGAAGCGAGGCUGUGUAACUAAUUUUAAGGAAAGUUCUCGUUUUUUGCUGAAACUGGUACAGACAUUUUGCCAUGUGCAACUUUGUUCUCACAUCUUUCUGUUGUAUAAGUAUUCGUGCCUCUAUUAACUGUCUUGCUGUACCAGCUUCGUGUACACACUGUCGUAGGGAGUAUAAUAUUCUUUACAAUUUUUUCAUUCAAAAUACAGUUAAAUUUUUCAUUCCAGAUAACCACAUAAGUGAACUGCAUGCAUCUUUCGUACAGUUAGGUUUUUUAAAAUAUUUAUAUAAUUUUUUUGUAUAUAUGUUUUUUCGCUCUUGCUGAUAGAAAUACCUUAAGAACAUAUUUCUUAUAUCUACAUCUGUUCGUAGCAAAAAACGAGAGUUGACAACUGGAGAAGAAUGUGCUUUCUAAAUUUAAUCUUAGGCAAAUUGAAGAAGGGCUUAGCAGAAGGGAUAACUGAUUUUGACCCUUCGUGCCUCAUUUCGCGUGUCCGUGAUAGAAAGGACUUCGAUGGAAUUUCUAUAACUGAAAUAUUGCUGAAGAGUUUAAUUAGUUCA